UACUCUGUGAUUGGUUUUUUUUUGUAUAAAUAUUUGUAAUUAAACAAAUUAAAAUAAACGCAAAAUGAAGGUGCUGCGCCACACUCUACUGUGCGCGCUUAUAGUGCUUGCUGGCUGCCUGAUCUUUGUGGCAGCGCAGGGUAAACAGAAGACGGGCUUAACGCUGUCGGAGCGCGUCCAAAACUUAGUGGAUAUGAACAUGAAGAAGCCGCUGUUGCGUUUCAAUGGACAAAAGUUUCGUGAAUAUGUGAAGAAUACGCCACGCAAUUAUUCGAUGGUUGUAAUGCUCACAGCGCUGGCGCCAACACGUCAAUGUCAGAUCUGUCGCCAUGCCCACGAUGAGUUCAGCAUUGUAGCCAACUCAUAUCGCUUCUCGCCCAUCUAUUCCAACAAACUCUUCUUUGCCAUGGUCGAUUUCGAUGAGGGUUCCGAUGUCUUCCAGAUGCUGCGUCUCAACACGGCGCCCGUUUUCAUGCAUUUCCCCGCUAAGGGAAAACCAAAGGGUGCCGACACCAUGGACAUACAUCGUGUGGGCUUUGCGGCUGAUUCGAUAGCGAAAUUCGUGGCUGAACGCACGGAUAUCACCAUUCGAAUCUUUAGACCACCAAACUAUUCGGGCACUGUUGCCAUGAUUACGCUGGUAGCGUUGGUUGGCAGUUUCCUUUACAUCAGACGCAACAAUCUGGAAUUCCUGUACAACAAGAAUCUGUGGGGCGCCAUUGCGUUGUUCUUCUGCUUCGCCAUGAUCUCGGGUCAGAUGUGGAAUCACAUUCGAGGACCACCCUUGGUGCACAAGACGCAGAAUGGCGGCGUUGCCUACAUCCAUGGAUCCUCGCAGGGCCAGCUGGUGGUGGAGACCUACAUUGUCAUGUUCUUAAAUGCUAUGAUUGUGCUGGGCAUGAUUCUGUUAAUUGAGUCGGGCACACAGAAGGCGAACAAUCGAAAUCGCAUUAUGGCCAUGGCCGGUUUGGUCUUGUUAACUGUAUUCUUCUCCUUCUUACUCUCUGUAUUCCGUUCCAAAGCUCAGGGUUAUCCUUAUAGUUUCUUGUUUAAAUAGAACCGACUGAGGCCAACAGCUUUCAAUGACGAGGGUUCAAGAGUGGAUCGUUAUUAACGUUUUAUAGUUCAAAUUCCAAAAAGCAAAAUCACCAAGCACCAAGUACUCGACGUGUGUGUAAAACAAGUUUAAUAAUAAAAGCCACUACUAAAUUACAAA